GCAAUCCGACAAUACCUUUUUGUUCUACUAUUAAGCUGACGGAAGCUAAAGAUAAUAUAUUCCUAAUUUGGUGGUAGAGUAAAGUGAAAGAAUUUCUGAGAAAAAAAAUUACUGAAAGAAGUGAAAUACAAAACAAAAAAUAUGUCUACUGAAAGAAAUGAGAAGAAAUAUUCCAGAAUCCGUCCUGAUUCAGACGGCGAUGAUAUAGUGAUCUCCGGGAUGGCAGGAAAAUUUCCAAACUGUCGCAACAUAUCGGAAUAUGAAUACAAGCUUUAUAACAAGAUUGAUAUGGUGGACGACGAUGAGCGUCGUUGGCGUCACUUUAAUCCGGAAAUACCAAAACGUUCAGGAAAAAUCUCUGACAUCGAAAAGUUUGAUGCUACUUUCUUUGGAGUGCACUUUAAGCAAGCCCAUACAAUGGACCCCCAAACACGUAUUCUCAUCGAAACUGCGUACGAAGCCGUCAUAGAUGCAGGCAUUAACCCUAAGAGUCUACGUGGCUCAAAAACUGGAGUUUUCGUUGGAUCCUGUAUAUCUGAAUCGGAGAAAACCUGGUUUUACGAAAAGGUUUCAUCUGGCGGCUUUGGAAUAACUGGCUGCAGUCGGGCUAUGAUGGCCAACAGGAUUUCGUACUCCCUGGGACUGGAAGGUCCUUCGUUUUUACUGGAUACAGCUUGUUCCAGUUCCAUGUACGCAUUGGACAACGCUUUUAGCGCCAUUAGAAACGGAGAAAUUGAUGCUGCCAUCAUAGGCGGAUCGAACUUACUUCUUCAUCCUUUUGUAACCCUUCAGUUUGCGAGACUUGGUGUGCUGGCCCCAGACGGCUAUUGUCGUCCUUUUGACAAAGAUGCUAGCGGUUACACACGAUCGGAAACCAUUAACUGCCUUUUUCUGCAACGGAAGCGAGAUGCUAAACGUGUUUAUGCAAGUGUAAUUUAUUCAAAAACGAACUGUGAUGGAUACAAACCAGAGGGUAUUACAUAUCCGUCGGGCAAAGUGCAGGAAAAAUUGCUCGACGAAUUCUACAAGGAGAUUGACGUUACACCAAACGACUUGGGCUAUUUGGAGGCUCACAGCACAGGGACUGUGGUGGGGGAUCCAGAGGAGUGCAAAGCGAUUGACAAUGUUCUUUGUAGCCACAGACAAGAGCCUUUAUUGGUUGGAUCCGUCAAAUCAAAUGUUGGCCAUUCGGAAGCAGCUUCAGGUAUCUGUUCGCUGGUAAAAGCCUGUUUUGCCUUUGAAACUGGUUUCAUAGCACCAAAUAUCAACUUUACCGAAGUGAAAUCUGUAAUUGCACCCUUGGCCGAGGGACGAUUGAUUGUAGUUAAAGACGUCACCCCACUCCCAAAACCAUGUAUCGGCAUAAACUCCUUCGGAUUUGGUGGGGCGAAUGCUCACGCCCUUUUAAAAGCUUAUCCGAAGUCAAAGGCUAAUUUUGGCCUACCAGACGAUGAUAUCCCACGAAUUCUCACCUGGGCAGGAAGAACAGAGGAGGCAGUCAAUGAGAUUUUCAAUGCUGUGGAGAAAAAACCGUUGGAUGCGGAAUUUAUUGGAUUACUUCAGAACAUUCAAGAGAGCGACGUAUCUGGCAUGGUCUUCCGUGGCUACGCAAUUUUUGACAAGCAAGGGGAAGCUCCUGCAAAAGCAUUAGCCAGAGAUGUCCAACACUACACUGGUCUCCAGCGGCCCAUAGUGUGGGUGUAUAGUGGAAUGGGCUCGCAGUGGCCCGAAAUGGGUGCGUCGCUUAUGGUCAUCCCCCGAUUCCGCGAGUCCAUAGAAAUAUGCCAUCAGACUCUCAAACCGAAAGGAGUUGACCUCAUACACAUCCUAACUUGCAACGAUCCCACAACUUACCAAAAUAUUUUGCACUCCUUCGUGGGUAUAGCGGCGGUGCAAAUCGGUUUGACUGACGUCUUGCGGUCUCUAAACUUGGAGCCGGACUUCAUUAUCGGGCAUUCUGUGGGUGAACUGGGCUGCGCAUAUGCCGACGGUGGUCUCACCCCACAGCAAAUGAUACUAGCCGCCUAUUACCGCGGAAGAGUAAGUGUGGAUGUGGACAAAAUUAUGGGCUCCAUGGCAGCAGUCGGAAUUGGCUACAAGUCAAUUCAGCCCAUGCUGCCCGAAUCCAUCGAAGUGGCCUGUCACAAUGGUCCGGACAGUUGUACCAUCUCCGGACCAGUCGCUGAUGUCACUCGUUUCGUAGAUGAACUAAAAUCGAAGAGUAUAUUUGCUAAAGAAGUGCCCUGCUCCAACAUCGCCUACCACUCAAAAUACAUUGCCCACAUGGGGCCCCCACUGCUUCAGUACAUGAGGGAAACUGUGCCACAUCCCAAAGUGAGAACCGAUAAGUGGCUGAGCACCAGUGUUCCCAAAAGCGAAUGGGAUCAUGCUGAGCGCAAGCUGUGCUCCGCUGAGUACCAUACUAAUAAUUUGCUGAGCAGUGUCCUCUUUGAAGAAACAUUUGCGAUGCUCCCAAAAAAUGCCUUGACCAUUGAAAUUGCACCGCACGGCUUGCUGGGCGCUAUUCUGAAGCGAUCCAUGCCCAGUGGGGUUCACAUUCCACUCACGAAUAGGGGAAACAAGAACAACGCCUUGUUCUUUUUGUCUGCACUGGGAAAAACAUACCAAAAUGGAUUGAUGGUUCCGGUUUCGAAUUUGUACCCAAAAACUGACUUCCCCGUGUCGCGGUCCACGCCCAGCAUCAGCUCACUCAUCCGUUGGGAUCACAGUGAGGAUUGGUUUGUGACAAAGUAUGAAAAUAUGAAAACAAAGUCCAGUGGGGAGCGAAUAUUUCCAGUUAAUUUAGCUAGUGACAACGAGGAGUUUAUGAGUGGUCACGUUAUCGAUGGUAAAAUCUUGGUCCCAGCCACAUGCUACCUGCAGUACGUUUGGGAAACAUUCUCUCUUAUGUACCAUGGUCCCAGCUAUAUGGAUGUACCGGUCGAGUUCGAAGACGUACGCUUUUUGAGGGCCACGAACAUGUCAGUGAAUGGCGAAGUGGAAUUGAAUGUCAUGAUUCACUAUGGCACCGGUCACUUUGAGAUAACGGAAGCGGGUAGUUUGGUUGUCACUGGCAUUAUAAGAGAGAUUGAGAGUCGCACCAUACCUGAGGUAUAUCAUUUCCAAAAGGAAUCAGAGUUUCCGAUGGUAGCAAAAAAAGACUUCUACAAAGAACUAAGACUACGCGGAUAUCAUUACAAUGGAGCAUUCAAGGCAGUACAUAAGGCCCGUUCGGAUGGGCUCUACGGACAGGUGGAGUGGAACUAUAAUUGGGUAACAUUCAUGGAUGCGAUGCUGCAAAUUCAGAUCCUGGGAACUGAUUCUCGGACUCUCCUGCUGCCAACAAAGAUUCGAAAACUCCGAAUAAAUGGCCUGCACCACUUUGCCGAACUCACCAAACUGGAUCCUGAGAAUCGUUUCUUCGACGUAUACGUGGAUCAAAAGUACGAUCGGAUUAUUGCGGGUGGCAUUGAGCUAGUCGGUCUUCAUGCCAGUCCCGUCCAAAGACGCAGGCCUCCCGGAAUUCCCAUCCUGGAGAAAUAUGAAUUUCUCCCUUUCGUGACGUCUCCGGCGAUAUCGUUGGAAAAUGCUGCCCGAAUUUGUGUGCAACUGGCCCUAGAAAAUAAUGCUACAUUGAAACUGAAGCUGGUCGAAGUAGAUACAGAUGGCAGGAAUACGGUUUUAAACGAAUUCCUGGAAGCUAUCGAGGACCUGCCAGUAAUUACGGGAGACUACAUGUUUUUGACAUCCAAAAAGGUCGACGAGAUUCCAGGCAUUCAUAUUGAAAAUGGAAAUUUGUCCACGCAAUCGAAUUGUCAUUUCGUUGUUUGUGGUGGUGUCUGCGGAGAUCGAAACAGGGAAGUUAUUGAAACCGCCAAAAACGUGCUUACAGAAAGUGGAUAUCUGCUGAUAAGAGCGCAAUCCAAUAUCGAAAGCGUACAUUUAGAAGUCUACGAUCAGUUCCGAACGAUUUCAAUAAUUCCCAUUGAAAACAAUGAGGAGACAUUUGUUCUCCUCCAGAAAGUUCCAAAGAACCUGCAAAUAGAACCAGUCAUUGUGAAAGUCUCCGAAAAUGAUGAAAAAUUCAAGUGGAUCGCUCCGAUUCAGUCUGCGCUCGGCUCAAAGACACCUGUUGUUUUGUAUUCCUUUAAUGAGGAGCUCAAUGGACUCAUUGGGCUGGUGAACUGCUUGCGCAAAGAGCCAGAUGGCAACUUGAUUAAAUGUUUCUUUGUUUCGGACGAAACAGCCCCCCCGUUCAAUUUGACAGAUCCCUUCUAUGCAGCUCAGCACUCGCUCGGGUUGGCAAUUAACAUCUAUCGCAAUGGCACCUGGGGGAGUCUGAGACACUUGAAAUUGCCCAAGACUGAUAGACAGAUGGCCAGAUUGGAUCACAUCUAUGGAAAUGUGAUUCAACGUGGAGAUUUGUCAACCCUCCGCUGGCUUGAGGGCCCGCUGGAUCCGCAAGACUGCAUGAUCAAAAUUGCGUACUCUUCGCUCAAUUUUAGAGAUGUUAUGCUGGCAACGGGUCGCUUGGCCGUUGAGUUAUAUGGCUCCAGUCGAAUAGACCAGAAUUGUGUUCUGGGCUUCGAGUAUUCCGGGAUCAACACCGUAACGGGUCGGCGCAUCAUGAGUAUGGUUGUCAAGGGUGGCGUUGCCUCUUACGUGGAGAAGCCGUCAAAGCUCAUUUGGGAUAUUCCCGAUCACUGGUCCCUGAAGGAGGCAGCCACCGUGCCAGUGGUAUAUAUAACCGUAUACUACGCCUUCUUCAUGGUGAGUGACAUACGGAAAGGAAAAAGUAUACUUAUACAUGCCGGAACCGGGGGCAUUGGACUUGCCGCGAUUCGAGUGGCAUUGGCCUACAACAUGGAAGUUUUUACAACUUGCAGUACUCCUCAAAAGAAACAGUUCCUGCUGGAUACAUUCCCACAACUAAAAGAGGCAAACAUUGGAAACUCGCGGGACACAUCUUUUGAGCUAAUGGUUCAGCGCGAGACGGAUGGAAAUGGUGUGGAUUUUGUGUUGAACUCCUUGUCUGAGGACAAGCUUCUUGCUUCGGUUCGUUGCCUUGGAAAGUCAGGCCACUUCUUGGAAAUCGGAAAGUUCGAUAUGGCCAACGACAGCAAGCUUGGAAUGGGAUGCUUUCUGAAGGAGAUCACUUUCCAUGCUGUCUUGGCAGAUAGUCUGCUCGUGGCUCCCGAAGAAGAUAUUUGGCGCUUGAAAAGUUUAAUUGAUGCGGAUAUUGCCAAAGGUGUAAUUCAGCCGUUGCCCGUCACGGUGUUCCCGGCUCAUGAAAUUGAGCAGGCAUUUAGGCACCUCAUUGGUGGAAAACACAUCGGAAAAGUAGUAAUCCAAGUUCGGGAAACACCCGAGGAUGCGGCUACCUUACCAGUGCGAGUGAUGAGCCAGAUCUACUUCAAACCAAACUUAUCCUACGUCAUUCCGGGCGGACUAGGCGGCUUUGGAAUGGAGCUGGCUGACUGGAUGGCUCUGCGUGGGGCACGAAAGCUGAUACUCAGCUCCAGUCGCGGCAUAACGAAGGACUAUCAGUCUUACCGAAUUGCGCUUUGGAAGACUUACGGCUGCGAAGUAAUGGUUAACACGGCGGAUAUAUCGUCCGUUGAUGGCUGUCAAAAGUUGCUGUCAGAGGCUUCUAAAUUGGGUCCUGUGGGUGGUAUUUUCAAUCUGGCUGUAUUGCUGCGUGACGGCAUUUUUUCGAACCAAAGCAUGGACCAAUUUGUGGAGAGCUUUUCUCCUAAAGCGGUAGCAACAAAACAUUUGGAUACCUUAUCACGGGUAUUUUGCCCAGAACUGGAACACUUUGUGGUGUUCUCCAGUGUUUCCUGUGGCCGUGGAAAUGCCGGUCAAACAAAUUAUGGAAUGGCCAAUUCUGUUAUGGAACGCAUAAUCGAAUGUCGCCACAGAGAUGGGUUGCCAGGUAAAGCCAUCCAGUGGGGUGCGGUUGGCGAGGUGGGACUUGUGGCGGACAUGGCAGAAGACAAAAUUGACAUGGAAAUAGGAGGAACCCUUCAGCAGCGAAUCUCAUCAUGUCUGCAAGAGCUUGACAACUUGUUGAGCGCCGAAUCGCCAAUCGUUGCUAGUAUGGUCGUCGCCGAGAAACGUUCUGGACGAUCUGGUAACGAAAGUAUUAUCGAUGCUGUUAUGAAUAUCAUGGGCAUUCGGGACUUGAAAUCGGUAUCGCUGGGCACAACGCUGUCAGAGAUGGGUAUGGACUCGCUGAUGGCAGUCGAAAUCAAGCAAACCCUUGAGCGUGACUUCGAGCUGGUUUUGUCGCCGCAAGAUCUACGAUCGCUUACAUUCCAGAAACUUCAGGAGUUCGUUGAUGCCAGGGAGAGAGAGAAUACUGAUGACAUCAAAAUGAUAUUUGCAUCAGAAAGUAACCUCUUAGGCAUGGACAUGCUUCUUCGAAACUUGGGCGACGAAGCACAUUGCGAUGAAGUCAUGAUUCCACUGAACACAUCAGCAGCUCCUUCAAAACAGAGCUUCCCACCAAAUAUAAUAAUUCCUGGGCUAGAGGGAACUGCGGGUCAGGCCUGGUACCAUAUUGGAUCGAAUUUGCAAAGCAGGGCCGUUGUCCUACAGCUCCAUCAAUUUGCCAGCCUGGAGACUGUUCGAGAAAUAGCUGAGCAGAGCUUAGAACGUGUCAAGCCCAUUUUGAAGCCGACAGAACCCUUUUAUAUCAUUGGAUACUCCUUUGGUACUUUUGUGGCCCUUAAGCUUGCAGAGCUACUGGAAAACGCUGGCUUCCGUGGACAUAUUUUGCUGUUAGACGGAGCACCUCAUUUCUUAAAACGACUCACUAAUCUUCACUUGGGGGAGAACUUUUCGGAUAACGACCUCUACGACCUUCUUUUAACUAGAAUCGUCAGCAAGAUAUUCCAUCAGGAGUCGACUGCUACAGUUUUCCACAAGAUCAAGAGCCUUGAGGAAAAAAUGAAACUGUUCAUGGAGUAUGUGGAAAAGCAGAAGGUGUACAGCAAAGAGUACGCUACUACAAUGGUAGGCGCCAUGUUUCGAAGGGUGAAAAUGGCAGCUACAUUUGAUUUGGACAGUACCAUGAACCUUAAGUCUCCCAUAACUCUAAUCCGUCCAGCAGAGGUUUCUCUUCAAGACAUCGAUGAAGACUAUUGUGUUUCACAGCUGACAUCUGGCAAAGUGGUGCUUAAAGUAAUUGAAGGAAAUCACACAACUAUGCUGGAUAAUCCAGCACUCGCCAAGAUAAUAAACGAUUUUGACCCAGCACUUUUGGAUGACAAAAACUUUGAGGAAUAUAUUCGAGACGAUAAGCCCGUUGCGGUGGUGUAAAUAUAAUCAUCUCACAUAAUUUCUCUCCAAAGAAACGA